UAUUAUUGUGAAGGUCUUACUGUAGAAACUACUUAAAGUUGGCAAGUGUCAAUGUUAUUCGGUAUUUCAUUAAUUUUUUUUUUACAUUUUGUAUCUACUUGUCCCAAAGUUUUUAGCUAAACGUAUAGCAACCUGACUGUAAGAGGAAAAAAAAAGAAAUGUGGUGCAUUGAACAACUUUCCUUUUUCCUGCUCUGGAUUUGUAUAGACUACACUUUCCCAUCACUGUCCUGUGGUGAUUUGUCACUGGAAACAAUGAAGGUAGUUGCAUCCUGUCCAUCAAAUGAAGAUGAGAAAAAACAAUUUGCUACAAAUAAAAAUUGUGAGAGAUAUUGGAACCUUUAUAAACACCAGUGCAUUGAGGAUCAUUUAAAAUUUCAAUACCACUGUGUUAUCAAUAACUAUAGAAAUGAAACAAUUGAAGUAUGCGCCAUCAAAACCAAAAUCUAUGGUUACUGCACAGAAUUCAACGUCGUUGGUGGAAUUAUCCAAAAUCAUUUAGGAUACGAUUGCACAAAAUUUGAUCCUCCAUGCAAAGAUAAUUAUACUUCAACAGACGCUUAUCUGUGUAUGUAAAUUUUCUGCUAAAUUGUGUUCUAAA